GAACCAGCCGCCCGGGAAGAGCAAGUCACUGCUGGUGCGCUAGGAACCCACUCGGAGCCUCAAAUGGGGUCGACCUACUUAACUGGAAAGGGCAGCCAUUGCCCUGGACUGGGAUGCGCUUAGAUUGGUGGAUUCCGAUGUGGCUUCAAAGGAGCCUCUCCUUUGAUUGGUCGGGAAAGUCAAGCGGGAACCCGGAGAAUACAGAAUCUAACAAUAUGGAUCCAGAAAAUGUGGAAUCUCAAAAUGAAAAAGUGGUGGAAAGGGAUACGCUUUCUUCAGUUUCUGCUCUGCAAGCCCUCUCUAAACUACUUCAUCCUGAAGAAGAGCCUGAUGUUGAAUUUGAACAGUCAAUUUAUGCAUCAACUACUGGAGCCAUGGGCCCUGGGAAUAUUGGGCCACCAAAGAAAGAAGAAGCAAAAAUCAUGCCUCAAACCAGUGCUGAAAAGAGUGAAGAUAUUUGGAAUCCGGAAGAGGUCCCAGAAGGAGCAGAACAUGAUGACCUGUGGGAUGCUAGAGAAAUCCCUGAGUAUGAGAUUGUAUUUAAACAACAGGUGGGAACUGAAGAUCUGUUCCUAGGACUGACCAGAAAGGACUCAUCAACAGCAUGCUGUGAGGAUCUUGUGGUUAAAAUUAAACUGCCGAAAACAAACCCAUCUGACAUUAAAAUGGAUAUCCAGGAAAUGAUUCUUGACCUUCGUACUCCUGAUAAGAAACUACUGUUACCUCUUCCUCAUCCUGUUGAAUGCAAUAGUGCCAAAGCUGUCUAUCUCCCAGAACUUGAGAUGCUCGAAGUCACCAUGCCCAUGAAAAGAGAGUUGGAUUUUGUUAAUUUUGCAUGAAACUAAAUAAAUCAAGAAGAGAAGUGA